AAUUCUCCUCUGCUCGCUGCUUCACUUCACUCUUCCAACCACGAAGGUGAAACAAAUUCAAACCGUUCAAUUCUCAAUCCCUCCUCCAAAAUGAAAAUGAGCAUCGCCUCCAAUUUCGGCGCCACUCGCCAAAACCCCGCUUCGCUGCGCUCUCUCCAACCUCUUCCACUUCGAUCCGGAUUCCAUCUCCGACAGUACCGAUCAUGGCACCGUCGCCGACUCAAAGCUGCUCGAACGGCGGUGCUGUGCUGUCACUUAGGCCCCUCCUCCCCCUUCGAAGCGGUGUUCCAGAGGUUGCUCUCUCACUUCCCUUCCGUCAACUCCUUCGACCUGAUCUCUCCCGCGCUCGGCCUCGCCGCUGGCGUCGCUCUUUACCUCUCCGACCGCCGGUUUGAUUCCCCGCCGUCCGACAUCGGAGAGUGGACUUUUCUCGCUAGUCCGACGCCGUUUAAUCGUUUCGUGACUCUGCGCUGUCCGUCGAUGUCGGAGGUGGACGGGAGGGGUAACUGUGGGAGAAUUAUUCGAGCGAAGCCGGCCCGUGAUGACGAGGAUGAGGCGGAGAAAUUGGUGUAUCAGAGAGUGUGCCUGAGUUGUGAGGAUGGCGGAGUGAUUACGCUGGAUUGGCCGGUGAAUUUGGAUUUGACGGAGUCGUAUGGUUUGACGUUGGACACCACGCUUUUGCUCGUUCCCGGGACUGCUGAAGGGAGUAUGGCGGCCAACGUUCGGCUUUUCGUGUGUGAAUCGCUGAAGCGCGGUUGUUUUCCCAUCGUGAUGAACCCUAGAGGAUGUGCCGGUUCGCCGCUCACCACGGCCCGGUUAUUUACAGCAGCUGACAGUGAUGAUAUCUCCACAGCUAUACAGUACAUCAACAGGGCAAGGCCAUGGACAACAUUGAUGGGUGUUGGCUGGGGUUAUGGCGCAAACAUGCUGACAAAGUACCUUGCCGAAGUUGGAGAGAGAACACCACUUACAGCUGCCACGUGCAUUGACAAUCCUUUUGACUUAGAGGAGGCCACAGGGCCAUCAUCUCGUCAUGAUGUUUUUAGUCAGAAGCUAUUAGAAGGCCUUGUGGAUAUUUUGCAAUCUAGCAAGGAACUGUUUCGAGGUAGAGCAAAAGGGUUUGAUGUGGAAAAAGCUUUGGAAGCAAAAUCUGUCCGUGAUUUUGAAAAAGCAAUUUCUAUGAAAUCAUAUGGUUUUGAUGCCAUAGAGGACUUUUAUGAAAAAUCUAGCAGUAGAAGUAUGGUCAGAAAUGUGAAGAUUCCUGUUCUCUUCAUACAGAAUGAUGAUAGAAUGGCGCCAUUGCUCUCUAUUCCACACAGUGUGAUAGAAGAAAAUCCAUUUACAAGCCUACUUUUAUGCUCUUAUUUGCCAGCUAGAACUACUGUGAAUGAGAGAUCUAUUAUAUCUUGGUACCAGCAUCUUACCAUUGAGUGGCUUGCAGCUGUGGAACUUGGAUUUUUAAAGGGCCGUCAUCCUCUUUUGAAGGAUGUUGAUGUCACGAUUAAUCCUUCAAAAGGGUUGGCACUGCAGGAAAACAGACAAUCUCAUAGAAGUGGCAGAGUAAACAAGUUCCUGAAUCUUUCCCAGUCCAUUGUUUUAAAUGAACAAUCUGCAUAUCCUUACAAAGAGACGCUAGAAGAAAGUGAUAUCUCAGCUAGGAAUUGUAGGAGUGCUGAAAUUAAAGAUAAAGGAUUUCAACCAGAGAGCAAUGGUGCAUUGAUGCAGGCUAGCUCUGUUGAUGCAGAAUCAGCUAAAGUGGAAGUUGGAAGUAUUGAUAAUGAAAGCGGCCAAGUGCUACAGGCUGCACAAGUAGUGAUGAAUAUGCUUGAUGUAACUAUGCCUGGUAAUCUGACAGAAGAGCAGAAGAAGAAGGUCCUGACUGCAUUGGACCAAGGAGAGACAUUUGCAAAAGCUUUGCAAGAUGCUGUGCCUGACAAUGUCCGUGAGAAGGUUAGAAAUGCUGUUUCUGAAAUUUUGCAUAAUCAGGGAACAAAUUUGAAACUUGAUAGACUCCUGAAUAUUAAUCAAAUACCUAAUGGGGCACUAGGAUUAAAGUCAAAUAUUCAAGAAAAAGUAGGACUGCCGAGUGCAGGUGAGUAUGAAGAUCCUCAUUCUUCAGAUCAGGGAACAAGUGUUGAUGUCAUUGUAGAUAACUCCAAUGAUAACAGGUUAUUUGAAAAGGACACUAGUAAACUGGAAAAAAAUGAUGAAAAUGUGGAUAUGUCCAGAGAAAGAACCACUCAAGAUUCUGAUUAUAAUGAAAAUGAGUUGAAUGCCAGUGAGAAGCAUGAUUUUAGCAGCCAUUCUGAAGGGCAAAGUGACACCGGGGAUGCAAACGUUUGCCAGCAUAAAGUGGACCAGGAUGGUGAACUACCUAAAUUAGACAUGAAAAAGGAGGAAAACAUCCAGCAGAAUAAACAAAAAGUUGCAAAUUCUACUAGUGAUCAAAUUAAGAUGAUGCAAUCCUCCAAGACAGAGGAAGGACAUCCCCUCUUGUCUCCCGAGUCCGAGCAGAAGGAGGAUAAUAUCCAGCAGAAUAAACAGAAAGUUCUAAAUUCUUCAAUUGAUCAAAAUAAGAUGACCCAAUCCACCAAGACAGAGGAAGGAUUGUUAAAUCCAGUCUUAUCUGCUGAAUCUGAACCAAUGGAAAGGGAAAUCAGUGAUAAUCUGAAAAAGGAAGAAAAAGUUAUGAAUUCUAUUUCAAAUCAAGAUAUCUCGGAUUCCUCAACAUUCAGUAUGUCUCAGGCAUUAGAUGCCUUGACUGGAAUAGAUGAUUCCACACAAGUGGCUGUUAACAGUGUAUUUGGAGUAAUAGAAGAUAUGAUUACUCAUUUGGAAGAGGAGAAAGAUGACCAAGAUGAAGUUGAUGAUAAGAAAGAGGUUGAGGACAGGGGAAAUGGUUCUAUAUCUGAGCACCAUGAAGACAUUGAUGACUCAAUGACGAAAGAAGAGAAAGAAAGUGAACUGAGCUCACAGUCUGACAUGACAAACUGCCUUUCUUCUUUUGAAGGUAAUGAUUUACAGAAUGAUACAAGAAACGGAUUGGCAGAGAAGAAGAAACAUGUAGGAAGCCCUGAUCCACUUAAGGGGAAUAAGAUUGGCAGUUAUGAGGAAAUUGGUAUUGCUAGCCAUAUAAAUAAGUUAGGCAUUGGAUCAAGGGAACAUUUAAUAAGCACCCAAAGUUUGGCUGAGCAUUCAAGUAAAAUUAAAUAUUUACAUAACAUUCCACUGUACAUAAGUACAAAUUCAUAUGGUGAUCCUCUUUACAAGGAAUACUUACAUGGAUAUCUUCAUGCAACGACGCCAAAUCCUAAAUCUGCAGGACUGGAUCAAACUACCACUUUAUUUCUUGACUAUUUUCCUGAAGAAGGCCAGUGGAAGCUCUUGGAACAACCAGAAAAUGAUGAAAAUUCUGCCAGUAAUGUUGAUAAUCAUGUUGACAAAUUGACUGACAAUUUUUCAGCUUCAAAAGCAGAUACAGAUACAGUCAAAGUCAUUGAACCAUCAUAUGUUAUAGUCGAUGCUGAGCAACAACAGGAACCCAUUUGUGAAUUUGACAAAAUGGACAAAACUAAUCAAAAAGAUGCAAUAGGUCAUAAAACAUCAGAAGAGUUGAUGAGCUUUGUUAAGAACAUUAUAUUGGAUUCGUUGAAGAUUGAAGUGGGUCGAAAGAUAAGUGAAGCAAACAUGAAAGAGACAGAGUCCAAUUUUGCUAAAGAUAUGGAACGAGUUGCAACUGUUGUGUCUCUGGCUGCAGUACCCAGCAAGAAUAAUAUGAUUUGUUUGGAUGGUGAGGAUUGUAAUUCAGGAAAGUUAUGUACACUUAAUGGAGAGGAUAUAUUGAGGGCUAUUUCGAGUUCUAUUCAGGAAACCAACUAUUUGAGAAAAGUAGUUCCAGUUGGUGUUGUUGUAGGCUCCAGCUUAGCUGCUUUGAGAAAAUUCUUCCAUGUUGCUUCAAUAAAUGAUAUUGACCAAAGAGAAUCCUUGGCCCUUGAUCAAAAGAAAUUUUCUAUGGAAAGAAAGGUUGCUCAGAUAGUAGAAACAGAGGCUGAUCAAGUUCAAAAUAAAUGUGAUCGGAUGUACAGUGUGCCUGAGAGCACAAAAGGGGAAAAGCCUGAAUCAAAAACAUUAAGCAAAGGGACUGCCAUGGUUGGUGCUGUCACAGCUGCUGUGGGAGCUUCUGCUCUGCUGGUGCAUCAACAGGAUUCAGGUAAAGGUGGUGCAGUUUCUGGAACAUUGUCCAAGGCCUUUAAAGAGAAAGGAGAUGAUCAGGAGGGCAAGCUUGAUGAGGAAACAUCUGAAAAAAAUCAGAAUAUUGUCACAAACCUUGCAGAGAAAGCCAUGUCUAUUGCUAGUCCUGUGGUACCUGUGAAAGGGGACGGUGAAGUAGAUCAAGACAGGCUUGUGGCAAUGCUAUCAGAAUUGGGACAGAAGGGAGGCAUUUUGAAGCUUUUUAGUAGAAUUGCUUUGCUCUGGGGUGGUAUACGUGGUGCUAUGAGUUUGACUGACAGACUUAUCUCAUUUCUGCGUGUUGCUGAACGUCCCUUGUUUCAGAGGGUACUUGCUUUUGUCUUCAUGGUGCUUGUGUUAUGGUCGCCUGUUGUUGUUCCACUGCUCCCUACACUUGUGCAGGGUUGGGCAAUGCAUAAUUCCUCCAGAAUCCCCGAGCUGAUUUGCAUUGUUGGCCUGUAUGCUUCUGUUGUAACACUUGUUAUGUUAUGGGGAAAAAGAAUUCGUGGGUUUGAAAAUCCAUUUGAGGAAUAUGGGCUGGAUUUGUCUUCGCCAUCAAAGGUCCAAAACUUUUUGAAGGGAUUAAUUGGAGGGGUUAUGCUUGUUUUGUUAAUACAAUAUUCAAAUGUAUUCCUUGGUUGUGUUAGUUUGACAUGGCCUUCCAAUUUUACUUCACAUUCUUCUGAGAUUGUGGAAUGGCUCAAAAUGUGUGGCAAGAUGCUUUUACUUGUUGGACAAGGAAUUGUGACAGCAACAGGCAUUGCAGCUGUGGAAGAACUUUUAUUCAGGUCAUGGCUGCCAGAUGAAAUUGCAACCGAUCUUGGAUAUUAUCAUGCAAUUAUCAUUUCAGGACUUGCCUUCUCUUUAUGUCAGAGGUCUCCACUUGCAAUUCCAGGCCUAUGGCUUCUGUCAUUGAGCCUGGCUGGGGCUCGGCAAAGAAGCCAAGGAAGCCUCUCUGUUCCAAUUGGGUUGCGGGCAGGCAUAUUGACUUCAAGUUUUGUUUUACAAAGGGGUGGUUUCUUGAUUUAUCAGCAGAACUCCCCCCUGUGGGUAUCCGGUACUCAUGCUUUCGAACCCUUCAGUGGGGCUGCUGGUCUUGUUUUCUCUUUAUUAAUGGCAAUAGUUCUCCAUCCAAGGUUAGCCAUUCCAUCUGAAGAAAAAAUACAAGGAGAACUCAAGCAUGAAAACACAAGCGACAUUCAGUAAUCAAGGGCACAGUAUUAAUAAGUUCGCAGCAGUGUCUUGGUGCCGCGUGUGGUAAAACAUACAGCGCACACUACGGCGUCGUUCUGUUUGGAACAUGUAGAGUUGCAAAGAAACGAAAGCAAAAGGUAUCAUUAAGGACCUUAAAACUUUCAUAUGAACCGUGCGGGCAUGCCGUAGUUCAAGUGUUGGCAUUUUAGUGAUGCAUAGUUAGGCAAUUUUGGCUUCCAUUGAAUUACACAAGCUGUCCAUUGGGACAUUUCAAGUUUUCCCUGCAAAAAGCAGUGUACAGAGUGAUUUCUAUUUAGUUCAUUUGUUUUUGUACCAUCAUGAUUAUAGUAUAUAAAUUCAGUUCUAUUUUCUGAUCAUUGAUAUUUGAAAUGUGAUUACAAGUUUAUGGAAAUUAGAUGACGCCCGAAUUCUUAGCGACUA